AUGGAGUCCAAAGAAAGUUUCAAGGAAGAACUUAUGGCUACUGCUAAGGCCAUUGCCAGGCCAGGAUAUGGAAUCUUAGCAGCUGACGAAUCAACUGGUACUAUCGGUAAGCGGUUUGCUCCAAUCGAGGUGGAGAACACCGAACCUAACAGAAGAGCUUAUCGUGAACUCUUAUUCACCAGUCCUGAUAUUGAGAAUUACAUCAGUGGAGUAAUCAUGUUUGAAGAGACACUUGACCAAGAGACCAAGGACGGAAAGAACUUCGUUGAGCUACUCAAGGAAAAAGGAAUUAUCACUGGUAUUAAGGUUGAUAAGGGCGUUGUGAUUGUAGGAGGAACUGAAGAUGAGACUGCAACCCAAGGUCUAGAUAAGCUUGGUGAAAGAUGUGCUGAAUUCUAUGCUAAGGGAGCCAGGUUUGCGAAGUGGAGAGCCGUCCUCAAGAUCGACGUAACUAAGAACUGUCCAUCUGAGCUUGCGAUAUAUGAGAAUGCCCAUGGGCUAGCAAGAUAUGCGUCUAUUUGUCAAGAUAAUGGACUUGUUCCUAUUGUUGAACCAGAAGUGCUUUGUGAUGGUACUCAUACUAUAGAAGAAUGUGCUGAAGCUUCUGAGAGAGUGUUUGCAGGAGUUGUCAAGGCUCUCCAGGACCAGAAGGUCUUCCUCGAGGGAGCCUUGUUGAAGCCUAACAUGAUCACUCCUGGUAAAGAAGCUGCAGAAAAAGCUACUGCAGGAGAGAUUGCUUUCUACACUGUGAGAACUCUCAGCAGAACUAUUCCAGCUGCUAUGCCGGGCAUCCACUUCUUGUCUGGAGGUCAGUCCGAAGAGGAGGCCUCUCAGAACCUGAAUGCUAUGGCUAAGCUUCAGGAUGUACCAAAGCCAUGGUAUCUUUCUUUCUCCUAUGGAAGAGCACUUCAAGCAUCUUGCCUCAAGGCUUGGAUGGGUAAGGAAGAGAAUGUGGAAGCUGCCCAGAAAGAAUUCAUUGCUAGAGCUAAAGGAAAUUCAGAAGCCACUCUUGGAAAGUAUGAGGGCGGCGGUAGCACUGAAGAUUUGUAUGUGAAGAAAUAUGUAUACUAGUUUU